CAAAGUCUUCUGGGCAAGCGAGCCAAAGCAGUGCAGUUCACCGGCUGCAGCAGGCGGGGGUCUCCUGGCCUCAUGGAGCCGGGGAUGGAGAUGACUGCUGCCUCCGAGGGAGGCACCCGCCAGGGGCCGGAAAAUAAGCAUGAAGAGAAAGUGCAGGAUCCCGACAGAGGGAAGGCAGAGACCAAGGCAGAGAUGGGGAACAAAACAUGGGCAGACCUGGCCGGGGAGAUGAAGACUUUCCUGUGGAACCCAGAGGAGAGAACCUGCAUGGGGAGAACAGCCAAGAGCUGGGGCCUGAUCUUACUGUUCUACUUCAUCUUCUACACGUGCCUGGCGGGGAUGUUUGCCUUCUGCAUGUAUGUGAUGCUGCUCACCCUGAGUCCCUACACUCCCACCUACCGGGACCGUGUGUCUCCACCAGGAGUAAUGAUCAGACCGUACCUGAACGGCUUUACUAUUGCCUUCAACGUCUCCAAGCCCAGCACGUGGCGGCCGUAUGUGGACAGCAUGCACCAGUUCCUAGCAGCUUACGAUGACAAAGUUCAAGAGGAGAAGAACAUCGAGUGUGUCCCAGGACAGUACUUCAUCCAAGGGGGCAACGACAGUGAGGAGAAGAAGGCCUGCCAGUUCAAGCGCUCACUGCUGCAGAACUGCUCAGGGAUUGAGGAUCCGACGUUUGGCUUCUCUAAGGGACAGCCCUGCAUCCUGCUGAAGAUGAACCGGAUCAUAGGCUACCGUCCUGGCGCUGGGGUCCCUGUGAACGUGGACUGCAAAGUGCAGAAAGGCAAUGAGAGCGAUCUGAGGUCAGUGGACUUCUACCCUGGAAAUGGCACAUUUGACCUCAUGUAUUACCCCUACUACGGCAAGCUCACGCACGUCAACUACACGUCCCCCCUGGUGGCCAUGCACUUCACAGACGUGAAGAGGAAUAAUUUGGUCCACAUUCAGUGCAAGCUGAACGGGAAAGGGAUCAUCAAUGAUGUUAACAGCGACCGCUUCCUGGGCCGGAUCAUCUUCACACUCAGCAUUGGAAAGUAGCCAGUAAACACAAGGCAUGAGGUUAAGUCAGUCAGAGGCUUUUCCUUUUUAAAACAUAAAGACAGCUUUUUUUUUUUUUUUUUUUUUUUUUUCCUUUUUUC